AUGACGGAUUUACAUACUUCUGUGAAUCAAACGAAACCUAGUUCAAAUGUAUAUUUUCAAGACAAACGUAUACGUCGACAUUUAAUAGUAGCUGGAUUAAUUAAUCAUAAAGGUGAUAUUUUACCUCAUAAACCUGCUGAAGUUGCCGUGCCUAAACAACCAAAACGACAAAUAUCUGCAAGAAAACCAUCAGAAAUAGUUCAUUCUUAUCUAGUAAAAGAAGAAGACAAACGUCUCACUGAUGCUCAUGAUAAAAUUGAUUAUCUUUCAAUUAAACGUAUCGAUGUAGAAAAAAAUCCAGAACCGAAUAAAACUCGUCGAGGCACAUCGAAACUUCGUCGUUCAUCAUCACCCAAAAAGAAGAAACAUUCGACAACACGAACAAAAUCUGCGCAUCAUUCAUUACGUGACUCGAAAAACAAUCUUGCUCAUCAGUCAACAUCAGAAAAAUUAUUAAACAAAGACAGUCGUCGAGUAAUAAUGGUCUAUUAUGGAUCGCAAACAUUCUCGGAUUGUGAUACUAGCUGGUGUCAGCCCGAUGGGGAUGAAAUAAUUGUUUCGCAACAACAUUGUGGUGGAGAAAAUCUUAUUGUUUUUAAAGGUCAUGUCAAGUCGUUUGAAAAAUUCUCAUUUGAGUCUCGACGCCAUCCAGAUUAUCCAUUUGCAUUAGCUCUUUAUAUCAAUGGUCUUAUUGAUAGUCGAAUAUCAACGUGCUGUGAGUAUCGACAUAAACGUAAUGUACCAUUAGGCGGAAAACAGGGUCUAUUUGGUAUUGUUGAUGUCAUUGAUGCAAAACCGUGCCGAAAUUGUCGAUAUAAAAAAAAUGUAAAAAAACCGCGAUCGAUCGCUUCUGUUGGACUUACAUCUACGCCUAAUUACCGAAGCUCGUUUGCAACUCAAUUUUUAACAAAAAGUCGAUCUCCUUCUCCAGUAACUCAACAAAGUUCAAGUUUAUCUCCUGUCAUAUCAACAAUUAAACAUCGUUCUCCAAAUGUGUCUCGAACACCCACGCCAUCUUCUACAGAACAUGAAAGUAUACCACGUAUAAAUUCAGCUAAUCUUAAUUCACCUAUAACUCCAAUAAGUAAAAAGUCAAACGGCCAAAACAACCCAAUAUUACUCAAUAAUAAUGCUGAACCUUAUUCUUCCGAUUUUGAAGACAUUAAUGACGAGGAUGUCCCACCGACGACUUCUCGAUUUGGCCGGUCACGUAUAUCGGAUUCACAUUCGACAGAAGAUGAAGAAGAUCAUAGUGACUCAUCAAGAUCUUCGAAAAAAUCUAAUCGUGCUGAAAACAAUAAUUGCAAUCAUAAACUGACAAAUCCUGCUGAAGAAAAGCAUGAUUCUGAUAAUCCGACCAGUACCUCGGAAAAAUCUGAUGGCGACAAAAAUCAAAAUAAUGUCUAUAAACCGAAAAUACUAAUGGAAGAAAACGACGCCAACGAGAAACUACCAAUUUCAUCAUCUAGUACGCGAAGAAAAUCAGAUAGACUCAAUGAUGAAGAUAGUUUUUUUCUAACUGGCUCAUCCGUUGGAAAAAGCAAUGCUCUCAAUCAAUCGCAACAAUCAUUUAUUACUGCUGCGAAAAAAUCUAACCCUCUUCGUGAUGAAGACAACUUUUUUCUAUCUAAUUUAUUAGCUGGUAAAAACAAUGCUGCUGGCCAUUCACGAAAAUCUUCAUCGAGUACUUCGGGAAAAUCUGAUCUUUCUUCGAGAUAUCAAACAAAGAGACAAUUCAAUGAUAAAAAGACUGAUAGUACUACUAAUCAUCGACUUCCAUUCUCUAGUUCAUUUCAAAAUACUACUGAUGAUCGGCGAUUACCAUCGAAUUCAGAUAAUAUCAUUUCUAGACCGUCAAUUACAAACAAUGCUCAAGAAAGUUAUCUAUCGUCCAACACACGCCGCGUUUUGACCAGUUCAUCAGAAGACAUAUUCGAAAAUAAAUAUUCAUCGUCUUCAAAAAAUAAUAAACAUUCUUCAGCCUUAAACGACGAUUGGUUCAGGACGAAUAAUAAAAUCGAUUUAGGUGAUAAGAAUGACAUUAAUUUCGAUACAAAUUCUAAAACAAAAUCAUGGCGAAAACAGAAUAAUAACUCUGACAAAGAAGGUACGCAAAUGAAUUCUUUUCGACUAGUAUGA